GUGCUUUUUAAUGUUUGUGUGCGUGUAGGGGUCAUUGUGUUGGUGUGUGUACGUGUGUGUGAAGCCGUGUUAUCUAUUUGUUUGUUUAUUCCUGGAGGUGUCGAUCUGUGUUUCUGAAUGGGGUUUGGUGGCUUUUCAGGCUUUUGAGCACCAGAGAUGCGCCGUCUGUCACAAGUCAGGAGGAUAUGGAGGCUGACGGACGAGCUGCAGAGGAUUUGACAACAACAGACAGAACUGGUUCCUGAGGCCUGAUCGAGCCCAGGGAUGGCGCUGACUGACCUGAAUCCCGGGGCUCCAGUCUGUUCACUGCUGGUCCUCUUAUGUCUGCACACAGUCGCAGGUAUGUCGGGUUGGGCUGGAUGUUUGGACGGUCAGGAUGUAUUUGCGACGGUCAAAGAAAACAGCCCUCCGGGAGAAGUCGUUGCUGAACUCAUGGCCGACAGCACCAUGGAGGGGGUUCGCUGGAGCCUGAGCGGAGAGGAUGCUGAUUGGUUCUUUUUGGACGGCAGAAGCAUCCGGCUCAACACAUCAGCUGACAAGAUCCUUGACCGAGAGGCCCUUGGUCCCAUCAUAAUGGCUGAGUUAUCAUGUAAUGAGGAGGACAUACUUCAGAGUGUGUACAGGAUCAUGGUGGAGAUCGUCAAUGAGAAUGAUAAUUCACCUGUGUUUGCAGAAAACACUGUCUAUUCUCUAAUUGUCAGUGAGUUAACUGCGGUGAAUACUGUAGUAUUCACCAUCAAGGCCACAGAUGCAGACGAUGACAAGAUCAUUUACUCAAUCGACCAGGCAUCCCCUGAUGCUCAGUACUUCAGAAUUGAUCUACCCAACAGUGGAGAGGUGGUUCUAUCCAAGCCUCUGGACUAUGAGACCAAAACUCUGCUGACUGUCACCAUCUACGCCACAGAAAUGAACACUGCUGAGCAUUUCAGUAUCAGCACCAACAUCACCAUCACUGUCCUAGAUGGAGAUGACCAGUACCCACAGUUCCUGCCCUGUAUGUUGCUUUUCCAGGAUGAGACCAGUCGAAUCUGCACAAGUCCCGUGUACACAGUGAACGUCACAGAGGGGGAGGAGGACAUUGUGUUGCAUUUCUCUCCUGGUCCCAUUCAUGCAGUGGAUGGAGAUAGAGGACUCAGAUCUCCAGUCAGCUACGCCAUUCUCUCAGGAGAUGAUGAAGGGCGUUUCAGCAUGGACAGAGAGACGGGGGAAGUGAGACUGACUCAAGGGGUGACUGACCGACUCACAACGCCAGUGCUGCAGCUUCAGGUCAUGGCAUAUCAGGACAACGACCCCCGGAAGUACUCUGUUGCUACAGUGUUGGUCCGAGUUCUGGCAGUGAAUCAGUUUUAUCCAGAGUUCGACAUGGCUGAAUAUCAUGGCUUUGUAAACGCAGGAAAGAGUCCAGCUUCUCUGGUUAAUACGUAUGGUGGCACAGCACUGAUGCUACGUGUACAGGACCAGGACUUCAUCCACGGUUUCAAUCCCAUGAUGGACUUCACCCUCAGUUCUACAUGCAAUCACACAGACAUCUAUCAAGUCACAAAGGAGGGGCUCCUGAUUGCCAGGACGAGUCAACUCAAACCAAAACAGAAGCAUGUUCUCGAGGUAACAGCUGUAGACCCAGAGUCAGGUGAUGCCACCUUUGCUACUGUAGUAGUGGAGGUUUUAUCUGAAGGACAAUCAAUCCCUUAUAGUCCACUGGGAAGUGACCGUCUGACAGGCUGCACUGUGGGCAAAGCAUUGUUUCUGUGCAUGGUGUUCAUGACUAUAAUUGGAUGCAUCCUGUCUAUGGUGAUGUGGCUGAAGAGGAAACACAAAGGAACAAGGGACCCACUGCAGAGAGGCUGUGUGGCCCAGGGCAAACACCCCAAUGUGAGCUUACGAUGGUUCCAGCUGGUGAGUCAUCGAACUGCUAUGCCACACAUGGAGGAAGCAUCGUACAGCAAUGAAGAAUAUGGAACGUGCAAUCCUUCCUUCAGCUUACCGGACCAACCAGGCGUCUACACCUACCAAGACCUCCCUUCCUGUCGAGGACCCGUUCCACCCAGAACAACUGCUGUGCCUGAUACCAGCUUCAUGCCCACUGAACCUGUGCGCAGCCCUGUGACCUUUAAUAAUAAUGCAUCUACACCAACCAAAAGUUCCACCAGUUCACCCACCUUCCACCCAGCCACGGUCGACACGAGGUCUACACAAAUGGCUCAAGAUGCUGCUCAGCUGAAAGAAAACUCUGACUCACCACCUCAUACGACCUUGGACGUUAAUGAGAAACAAUCUACCCCUAGCCCUUGCCCUGCAACACCUUUAACCUGUCCUGAUUCGCAAAUGACCACCGACGAUGACCUUGUUGACCCUGUCACCAGCCCCUCCUCUCAGUGCAGUCUUCCAUGCAGUCAGUCCCGAAUUGCUUCAGCAGAAAUUGAUAAACCUUUACACAAACCUCGUGUGAAGACACCCUCAUACUCACCUUUACUGUCCACACCGGUCCCCAAGCAGACGAGCACACCCCCCACCACGCCAGAGCAGGCCCCUUUGAAAGCCACGCUGGUACAUAUAGAUACAUCUCCACCUGAUACGCCACCAGAAACGCCAGAGCAAACACCAAUGACUCUGAGCGCAGAGUUGGACCAACCCUCUACAUCACUGGACCAAACAGACCAAACAGGAAACACUCAAGAAGGCAGAGGGGCGGGUGAUGAGGACGAUGAUGGUUUUCUAGGAGAUGAAGAUGCAGACAAGAACAGUGAUGAUGAGUUAGAACCAGACGAAGAAGAGCUGUUGAGAGUGAUGGCUCGUUGUAAUCCUGUAUUUAUAACCUUUAGUAAGUGAUACCGCAGGCAAUGAGAAUGACGGGGCAGACAACAGAGAACGGAAGAGCUAUGGUGAAGAUGGAUAACAGCAGACAAGCCAUCAAACAAGAAUAAAACACUUGUGCUGUAAGAAUGUAAAGAAUUAAAGAACACCACACACAUGAUGGGCCAUACAAAGGAAGACAUCUACAGUAUAUGCUAAAACACUUAUGUAUGUCCACAAAAAAGCACAGUCAUGAUGAUUAGAUCAACAAUAUUGCGCGAUUAGUACCACAUAGCUAAACAACAGGAACUGAGUUACCAUGACCACGAAAUCCAGUUAAGAUUUUGAUAGAUUUUAUGAGGAUACAGCAUAUUUUUGCACAAUAAAAAUAGCACAAAUGCACCAUCUUGUCAUGAACCAAAAUGUAUUUUCUUUGUUUACGAAUAAUGAUGCUGUAUUUUAUAAAGGUAGAUCUACAACAAAUCGCAUUGUGAAAACUGCUGCUGUGCUCUUUCCUAUGAAAAAAAACACUCCCAUCAGUGAUGUCACUAGUAUCCCAGGGUUCUUACUCCGUCUAUGCCUUACCAGGUUUCUCAAAACCAGGAUAGAAGCUUAUCCAGUGUCUGGAAUUGGGAUAUGAUGGAGAUUCUUUGGGAUACUUCAAAAAUCCUGUCAUAACCAGAACACCCAAGUCCAUGGUAACGUAGUCCAUGUUGUAUUUCACCUUCAGAACUGUGGAAUGCUUCACCCUUUAUAAAACAUAGAAAAGGUAAACUUGCAGACACAGUUUUACAACCCAUCUGGUUCUGUGAUGAUUUGCUUUUAAAAAAGCUGCAGAGUUCUGUAUUGUGUUGUUCAAAAUUCUUGAUUGUUUUGUAUACUCUACUAUUCUCUAUCAUCGUCAUUUUUUUUCUGUGAACAUGAGUAAAGUUACUGUUUGACUCAAAAAA